GCUCCUUGACAACGAGCCUGUAAAACCAGAAAUCAAUUCAUCGGCGAGGGUGUGUGUCUAUCCAACUUCGGGGCCGGCGCCAGGCUGCAUAGUGGUGCAAAGUGAUACAGGCUAAGCGAACAACAUGCGAGGAUAGAAACGCAAUCACAUUAUGCCGAAGAAAACAGCUAGCACAAGCAGCGACUCAAGCAGCGACGAUGACCUUGCUAAGUUCCAAUCCGUGGCGGUGACGUUCGAGGACAUCACCAGCAACGCAAAAGAAGUCCAGGAAAAGGCGAAGAAGCGGUUAAGUGGGCGCAAACGCAAAUCAGAAAAGAAGGGCGCCGGAGAGGGCGAGGAUGGGCAGCCGGAGGCGGGCGUUAGCGACGACGACGAGGGGCCCCUGGACUACCUGACGCCGGUGCAGCUCAAGGUGGCGGCGGCGCUCGACGGCGUGCUGGGGGGCCGGCUGAAGCACAAGGAGCCCAAACCCAAGCGCCUCAAGAAGGAAGCCAAGGCCGCGGCCAAGGCGGCGGCGGCCGAGGCGGCGGCGGGCGGGGCGGGGGGCUUCCGCUUCUUCCCUCGCGUGGUGGUGGGGGCGGAGGUGGUGCUGGAGCCGGAGGACCAACCCCUGCCCCAGGGGACGCCCUUCCCGGACCAAUUCCGGGAAAAGCGCUCGCCCGCGACCUGGGAGGCGGCGGCCGCGUUGCCGGUCCUGGCGGCCGACGGCGCAGACAUCCUGGCCACGGCGUUGGCGGCGGCCGCCAAGCACGCGGCGGCGGUGGGGGCGCGGCCACCAACGCUCUGUAGCAUAUGUGGGGCAGAAGUGGGAGCUGGAGCAACAGGAGGAGCAGAAGGAGGAGGAGGAGCGCAGGGGAAGAAGGAGAAGAAGAAGAAGGGCGGGGCGGAGCAGGCGGUCAAGCCUGGGAGGAAGGUGGGGGAGGGGGUGGUGGUGGAGGCCAAGGUGCACGUGCCGUACGGGGAGCGGAUGCAGCGGCUGCUGGGGACGCGGGGGCCCACCAUCUCCUGUCAGCGAUGACCAUGAGAGGAGGCGGUUGUAAGGAUCAAGGGCAAAAUGUGGGCCGGGCACCUGUAACCAGGGUUAAUC